UUCAGUUUCAGUUUUGAAGAUCCCUCGCUGCCAGGCGGACGCAGAACACCAGGCGGAGAGACAAGAGAAAGCUAAAGAAAAGCUGAAAAAACACAGUGAAAAAUACGAUCGAAAAAUAAAAAAAAACUUUACAAUAAUAAAAAUUAAAUAAAUAAAGCUGAAAACCCAUGUGGGAACCGCAUUGAGGAAAUAUAAAUUCGUUGUCGUAACAAAUAACAAAUAACCAAUAUCAAUACCCCAAUGUCAAGCGAUCGUGAAAAAAAAACACUCGAUCGUUCCAAAUCCGGGGUCAGAAGCUCUCUGGGCUGAUUAACACUCCGCCGCAUCGCAAAUAAAAAUAAACAAAAACAGACGACAAACACAAAUACGGCCAGAAAUUAACAGAAACGCGCGGAAUAUAGCAAAAACACGUUUCCACAAAAAGAUCACCGAGCGGAGCGACCCGCCAAUAACAACAAAUUAACCAAAUAACAAAUACCAAAUAACACAAAUUGCUGCUGCUGCUGCCGUUGCUUUGUUAUUGAACACACGCGCUUUGUAUGUGAGGAGACUCAGCGCGCGAGUCAGUCGGAGGCCCUGAUUCUGGCCACUGCCAAAUAUGUCCAAGUAGAGCUUGUAACCCGAGCAGCCGUGACCGCAGAUAACUCAUACGACACCACCAUAUUACUCGUACACCCAACACCACACUCACGCCACUAUGGAGCGCUCUCACAGCUGCAGCAACUUUGAGGGCAGAACCAGCAAGGUCGCCGUUGGCCCAGCUGAGCUUGAGCUGGCGGGUAGCAGUGAUCACCUGCCCACGGCCCAUCACUUUCCGCCCAGCAAGCCGUUGCGACGACGCCGAAAGCUGCAGCGCCAACAGUCCGCCGUUGAUGCCGAUGAUCUGGAGUAUGCCGCCGACUUGGAGGAGGAUGCAGAUCCAGAUCCGCAGAUUAACUUAGCCGCCGUUGCCUUGCCCUUGCGCCACAUCUCCGCCUUGACCGCCACUAGCAGUUCUAGUACCCGUUGCCUGCACCACGAGGAAUCCUUUGAAUCCUGUAGCACUGCUCCAGAUUUGAGUCCACAGGCCCAGCGACAGCAGCGCUUUAGUAGCCUGCUCCUCCGCGACAGCUCUGUGCAGUCCGUGCAGUCUGACUCUAGUCGCUACUCCAGCGUGGACAGCUUGCUGGAGGCCCGUAAGCCCGAUCCCGAAGCCAUACUCAUCAACCUGGGCUUUGGUCCACUCAGCUCCGAGGAUAUGCUGUCCCGGAUACCGCGGCGUUUUCUGAAACCAUCCCAGGUUCCUGGAAUCGAUACCGAUGCCUUUGUGCAAAGACUGACCCUGGCCCGUUCGCUGGCCGAUUCCAGUGUCCUUGGGUAUCGGGGACUCACCGGAAACCCGGACAUGCCGCCCUCCUCGAUCGUGGCCAGCAUCAUGAAGCGCUUCGAGGUUAAUCAUCAGAGGAAGAACUCGAUGGGCUCUAUCAAGCCCACUAUUCAGUAGUGGGUCGCCGCCAUACUCCGUAGUCCGUAGAGAUUAGUCAGCCAAAUAGAGGACGCAUUAUGUAACUGGAACUGCUGCUACUGUUGCCAAGCGGGGUCCCUGGGGGAUCCCUGUGAUUGUCCCGUGUCUUGUCCAUUAGUCCCUAAAAGUGCCGCGUACUUAGCUGUGUAACUGUGUAUUAUUGUACAUACCAAUCCAUUAUUUUUUAUUAUAUUUUGCCAGUUGAAGUAAGCAUUAAAGAUGAUAUUUUAUUUGUAAA